AUGGCUGCUAUCAGGAAUUUCCUUCUCACAGCGAGUGUCGCGUCAGUUGCCGUCGCCAGUAGCGGUGGUACCUUGAAGUCGUGUCUUAAGUAUGCCCUGCCAGAUAUCGGCAGUGUCGCUUUCCCUGGCGAUCUCUUUUAUCAGGCCGUGGAUGUGAAUCGGUAUAAUCUCAACAUCCACGUCACUCCAGCUGCCGUCACGUUUCCGACUUCAUCGCAACAGGUCGCUGCGGUCGUGAAAUGUGCCGCCGAUAAUGGUUAUCCCGUUCAAGCGAAGAGUGGUGGGCAUAGCUAUGGAAACUAUGGUCUGGGUGGAACCGAUGGAGCUGUCGUCGUUGAUCUGAAGCACCUCCAACAGUUCUCCAUGGAUAGCACAACCUGGGUCGCAACAAUUGGGUCUGGCACUUUGCUGGGAGACGUGACACAGCGUCUUCACAAUGCUGGAGGACGAGUCAUGUCGCACGGAACAUGCCCGCAAGUUGGCUCUGGUGGCCAUUUCACCAUUGGUGGCCUCGGUCCAACUUCUCGACAAUUUGGUGCCGCACUGGACCACAUCGUGGAGGCAGAAGUUGUGCUCGCCAACUCGAGCAUCGUGACAGCCUCGGACACGCAAAACCAGGAUAUCUUCUUCGCUAUCAAGGGUGCUGCGUCUGGAUUUGGUAUUGUCACCGAAUUCAAGGUUCGCACCGAACCCGAACCUGGCAUGGCUGUUAAGUACGAGUAUACCCUCAAAGUUGGAAGCACAGAAGAGCGAGCCAGUCUUUUCAAAAAAUGGCAAGCCUACGUGUCUGACCCCAACCUGACACGAAAGUUGGCUUCCACAUUGACUCUGCUGGAUGAUAGCAUGGUCAUCACGGGUACUUUCUUCGGCACCGAGGAGGAAUACAAUGCACUUGACAUAGGCAGUCAAUGGCCUGGUGUUAAUGGAAGUGCUAUCGUCUUCCAGGACUGGCUCGGUCUUGUCGGUAACUGGGCUGAAGAGGCUGUCUUGCAGCUUGGAGGAGGCGUUCCCUCGAACUUCUACUCCAAAUCCACGGCUUGGACGCCUAGCAAUCUGAUGGAUUCCGGCACAAUCGACAGGAUGUUUGAAUAUAUCGACAGCGCAGACAAGGGGACUUUGGCUUGGUUCGUCCUAUUCGAUUUUCAAGGCGGUUACACGAACGAUAUCCCAACGGAUGCGACCGCGUAUGUGCACCGUGACGUUCUGGUCUGGCUGCAAUCAUACAGCAUCAACUUGCUGGGUUCUGUCACACAAACCCAGAUCAACUUCCUGGACCAGCUCAAUACACUUGUCACCAAUGAUAAAGCUCCUUAUUCGGCCUACCCGGGCUAUGUUGACCCUCUGAUGGCAAAUGGCCCCGAGGCAUACUGGGGCUCCAAUCUUGCUCGACUGCAGCAGAUCAAGGAGGAAAUCGAUCCUAAGAAUGUGUUCCGCAAUCCGCAGAGUCCGUCUCCUGCAAAUUAA